AUGUCACAUUUAAUAUUAAGUAUUUAUUUGGUUGCUGAAGUAUUUAGCACUACUUUUAGAGCGUAUUCCGCAAAAAAGUUUCCUGGUAUGACAGGUACUGUACGAAAAGAGCAACAAUGGUUAUAUCGAUAUAUUAUUUCCGAAUCAUCGUUACAGGGAAUUAAAAUCCCAAUUCGUAAGGAACUUCGUUAUCGGAGAGUCAGUGACGAUUUACCUGACCAAACAAACGAAAUCACUAUUCCUUCAACAUCAUAUGCCGCUUCUAAUAAUGUACCUAAUGACGUUGAAUCUGAUGUUCAGGAAGACCACUUCGUAGAAAAACAGGAUCCUUCGGAAGAUUACAUUGACGUGCUUUCUGAUACUGCGCAAGAGAAUAAGGGAAAUUUUACUGGAAUAUGGCAACGCAUGCCUAAAUAA